AUGACAGAAGAUAAUACGACACCAAUUGCCUCUGUUAAAGUGGUGACUGACAAGUGCACGUACACAGAAAACGAGCUGCUCACUAAGUACAGCUAUGAGAACGCAGUAGUUACGAAGACAGCUGGUGGCCAGUUCGAUGUCACGCCCACUGUCCAGGACUACGUGUUCAAACUUGACUUGAACAAACCGAAGAAAUUGGGAAUCAUGCUCAUUGGACUGGGUGGGAACAACGGGUCCACGUUAGUGGCGUCGAUCUUAGCUAACAGGCACGAUAUGGAGUUCCAAACUAAGGAAGGUCUCAAAAAGCCAAACUACUUCGGUUCCAUGACUCAAUGCUCCACUUUGAAACUGGGCAUUGAUGCGGAAGGAAACGACGUCUACGCUCCUUUCAACUCUCUAUUGCCCAUGGUUAACCCCAACGAUUUUAUCGUUUCUGGUUGGGAUAUCAACAAAGCAAAUCUAUACGAGGCUAUGCAAAGAGGACAGGUUCUUGAAUAUGACCUACAACAGCGUUUGAAGGCCAAGAUGUCCACAGUGAAACCGCUACCAUCCAUUUACUAUCCUGACUUCAUCGCGGCGAACCAAGAUGAAAGAGCAAAUAAUUGUAUCAAUUUGGAUGAGAAGGGUAAGGUAACUACAAGAGGUAAGUGGUCCCAUUUGCAACAAAUUAGAAGAGAUAUACAGCAUUUCAAAGAGGAAAACUCUCUGGAUAAAGUAAUUGUUCUUUGGACUGCAAAUACUGAGAGGUACGUGGAAGUGACCGCGGGUGUUAAUGACACUAUGCAAAAUCUCUUGCAAUCCAUCAAGGAUGAUCACGAAGAGAUUGCGCCUUCCACGGUCUUCGCGGCUGCAUCGAUCUUGGAAGGUGUUCCCUACAUCAACGGUUCACCACAGAACACUUUUGUGCCCGGGUUAGUUCAGUUAGCUGAGCAUGAGGGGACUUUCAUUGCAGGAGACGAUUUUAAGUCGGGACAAACUAAAUUGAAGUCUGUCUUGGCCCAAUUUUUAGUGGAUGCAGGUAUCAAACCUGUCUCCAUCGCAUCCUAUAAUCAUUUGGGUAAUAAUGAUGGCUAUAACCUAUCCGCUCCAAAACAAUUCAGGUCCAAGGAGAUUUCCAAGAGCUCAGUCAUAGAUGACAUUAUCGCCUCUAAUGACAUCUUGUACAAUGACAAGCUCGGUAAGAAAGUGGACCAUUGCAUCGUAAUAAAGUAUAUGAAACCCGUUGGGGAUUCUAAAGUAGCAAUGGAUGAAUAUUACAGUGAAUUGAUGCUAGGGGGCCACAACAGAAUUUCUAUUCAUAAUGUUUGCGAGGAUUCACUCUUAGCUACACCUUUGAUCAUCGAUCUUUUGGUAAUGACAGAAUUUUGUUCAAGAGUAUCUUAUAAAAAGGGAAGUUCGGUCCAAGAAGAUCAUGACAAAUAUGAGAGCUUUUAUCCGGUUUUGACCUUCUUGAGUUAUUGGCUAAAAGCGCCAUUAACAAGACCAGGUUUCCAUCCUGUAAACGGAUUGAACAAGCAAAGAACCGCCUUGGAAAACUUUUUGAGAUUGCUGAUUGGAUUACCUUCCCUAAACGAAUUGAGAUUUGAGGAGAGACUGUUGUGA